UAGCCGCGCAGGCGACGUGAUUACGUCACUGGGGUUACGGGCGUAGUUAAACUGGACAGAUCGAGUGCACACAGAAAAUCUAGCAGAGUGUUCUUUCUCUGCGAUGGCGGGCACGGGCUUGGUGGCCGGAGAGGUAGUAGUGGAUGCACUACCAUAUUUUGAUCAAGGGUAUGAAGCGCCAGGCGUGCGGGAAGCGGCUGCGGCGCUGGUAGAGGAAGAGACUCGCCGAUACCGACCUACCAAGAAUUACCUGAGUUACUUAUCAUCCCCGGAUUAUUCUGCUUUUGAAACUGACAUAAUGCGAAAUGAGUUUGAAAGAUUGGCUGCUCGACAACCAAUUGAAUUGCUCAGUAUGAAACGAUACGAGCUUCCAGCCCCUUCCUCAGGUCAGAAAAAUGACAUUACUGCAUGGCAAGAAUGUGUAAACAAUUCUAUGGCUCAAUUAGAGCAUCAAGCAGUUCGAAUUGAGAAUCUAGAACUGAUGUCCCAGCAUGGAUGUAAUGCCUGGAAAGUAUAUAACGAAAAUCUAGUUCAUAUGAUUGAACAUGCACAGAAAGAGCUUCAGAAGUUAAGGAAACACAUUCAAGAUUUAAACUGGCAGCGAAAGAAUAUGCAGCUCACCGCUGGAUCAAAACUGAGAGAAAUGGAGUCAAAUUGGGUAUCCCUGGUCAGUAAGAAUUAUGAGAUUGAACGGACUAUUGUACAACUAGAAAAUGAAAUCUAUCAAAUUAAGCAGCAACAGGGAGAGGCAAACAAAGAAAAUAUCCGGCAAGACUUCUGAAAAGACCAACUUGCUGGGUACAGAGGAAGAAAAGUUGGGCUGUUAUAAACAUCAGCCAUCUAAAUUUUUCCUAAACCAUGAAGGACAAUAGCCUCUCAUAAAAACCAUUAGUGGGUAAAUGUUUAAAAACCAUAAUGUAUGGAUCCUUACAUUAAUUGUGUAUCUUUGUGAAAUAAAGAUUAUCAACUUAGUGGUA